AUGAAAUCUUCAAACAAAUUUUUGAAUGUAAAAAAGGAAGAGUCCUACUUGGCCAAGUUUACACACGGCACCAUCAUAUUCGCAGAUAAUUUAUUUAAAAAUAUUGCAAAGCCUUUCACCCAUGGAGGUUGGUCAUCUUUGGGGGAGUAUGCUGAAGGGGGCAAUGUGGAGGCCAUCUCUUUCUGUUCGGAGGUGUUACCUUUUUACUAUAAAUCCGAGUUAAUUCACAGGGCAGACGUUUUCAACGUCCGCUUUGGUCAUUCCUGUAUUUUCUACAAGAACAGCAUAUACAUAUAUGGCGGCAAGCAACUGUGCGAAUCUUUUCGCUCGAAGCUCAUUAAGUUCAGCACGGAGACGCAAAUUUUUAGCUUAGUGGAAGAACGGGCCCCGCCGCAGAGCCGGUACUACGCAACGCUGAAUUUAAUUUACUCCAGCGCCCUGAGCGAACAGUGCCUGUUCUUGUUUGGAGGAAAGCGGGGAAAGUACAUCACGAAUGACACCUAUAUUUUUAAUUUAAGUAACAACACUUGGGAACAUGUAAAGGUGCAAUUUUCUCCUCCGCCGGUUUUUGGACAUGUGUCUUUUAAAUACAAGAAUAUUAUUUUCAUCCAUGGAGGGAACAUGGGGAACCUAAACGUGAACAACGAUAUCUGGUGUUACUUCGAAGAGGAAAAAAAGUGGGUCAAAAUUAUGAGCAAGGAGGAGUAUUACAAGAAGGCGGUUUACAAACCCAGCGCGAGAUUUUUCCAUUCGUGUUCUGUGUGCAUAUCUAACCAGGGCAACGACGUCAGGGCGUUCAUUUUCGGAGGGCUGAACGGGAACAAUAAGUGCGCUCAAGACACCUUCUGGUGUUACUCCUUAAAUAAUGGGAAGUGGACCCCAAUUGAAAAUUCCCUGGGGAAAAUCCCCGUGGAGCGAUUUGGACACAGCUCCACCGUUCUGAACGCCAGGUGGUUCCUCCUCUGCGGGGGGUACAACUUUUGUUGGUACUCCAAGUCCGAGCUGCUGGACAUUCACGCUUACGAUAUAAAUUUAAACACCUGGUCAAUUCUGAACGUGUACGGCACGCCUCUGGUGACGCACCACUUCUACGGGAAAAUAAUCCAAGUCGAUGAGAGCGGCUACUUCUUCAUCUUCGGGGGGUUGUGCAACAACGAAGCGUCCAGCAAGAUUUACAAAUUCACGCCGCUCCUCGUUUCUCCAUACAUCAAACCCCUGAGAGACAAGAUAGACGAAAUGGAAAGGAAGGUCCUCCACUUGGAAAAAAACCCACUGCAGUUACUGAACCCAUCUUACGGAAGAGACAUAAACGAAAUAAAAGGCACCCUCAGUGGGAUCUCCUUUACUCUUGUGAGGUACAUACAACUGGCUAGCGAUAUAAAUGAAAAAAUAAAAAUUUCAAACGAACUAGCCAAAAGUAACUACCCACAAUUGUCCCAAAAAUUUGAACAAUACAACAACAAGUAUGACUCUUUGGUUAACAGACUUGAUCAGCUGGAUAGCACUCUGUCCGAUUCGGACGUCGACGUCAGGGAGGACAAUGAAAACAACUUGCGAAAGAGUAGCUCCAGUUUUACUCUAUCCAGCGAGCCCAGCGGUGAUCACACAGGUCAGACGACCAAUGCGUUGUGA